AUGGAUUCUGCAAUUUAUUUCUUCUCAAUUAUUCUACUUCUUCCUCUCUACCUUCUUCUUUCCAACAAAAUUUCCAAAAGAGUCCCUCCUGGUUCUUUAGGUUUACCCAUAAUAGGCCAGAGUAUGAGUCUUCUCAGGGCCAUGCGAGAUAACACAGCAGAAAAAUGGCUUCAGGAUAGAAUCAGGAAAUACGGACCGGUGUCGAAAAUGAACGUUUUUGGUGCCCGAACCGUAUUUCUACACGGCCAAGCAGCUAACAAGUUCGUAUACACAUGUGACGGCAGUAUCCUGGCUAAUCAGCAGCCUUCAUCGAUCAGAAGGCUCGUCGGCGAGAGGAAUAUCUUGGAACUAAGCGGAGAUGAUCACAAGCGUAUAAGAGGCGCGCUUGUUUCAUUUCUGAAGCCUGAAGAGUUGAAGCAAUAUGUUGGAAGAAUGGAUCAGGAAAUUAGAAAGCAGUUCGAGAUGCAUUGGCAUGGCAAGCAAAAGAUUUCGGUGAUGCCAUUGAUGAAGAGUCUGACCUUCAAUGUCCUGAGCUCACUCAUCAUAGGAAUGGAACAAGGACCCGAAAGAGACUUGCUUCAACAGCCCUUCCAGAAACUUAUUGAGGGAGUUUUAGCAAUACCAAUAAAUUUACCUUUCACACGUUUCAACAGAAGCCUAAAGGCAAGGGCAAAAAUCAGAGCUAUGAUAUUGGAUAUUAUCCAUAGAAAAAGGGCUGCACUUCAGCAACAUGAUGUUGUACCCCAACAAGAUCUUAUCAGCACCUUAAUCAGUCUCCGAAACGACGAUAAUUCAUUCGUUUUAUCGGACGACGAAAUUGUCGAUAAUGCUCUUGUUAUUAUGCUGGCAGGACAUGACACAACUUCUAUCCUGCUUACUUUCUUAAUCAGACUUUUAGCUUCUGAUCCUUCUGUUUAUGCUAAAAUUCUUCAAGAACAAGAAGAGGUAGCUAAGAAUAAAAGCUCUGGAGAAUUGCUGACAUGGGAAGAUAUUGGAAAAAUGAGAUACACAUGGAGAGUGGCAUUGGAGACUCUAAGGAUGACUCCUCCGGUUUUUUUAUCCUUCAGGAAAAUUCUUCGAGAUUUUGAGUACCAAGGUUACCUUAUCCCCAAAGGAUGGCAGGUGGUAUGGUCAGCCUGUAUGACACAUAUGGAUGAAUGCAUAUUUCCAGGCGCGUCCAAGUUUGAUCCGACGCAUUUCGAAAAACAAGCACCGCCCUACAGUUUCAUGGCAUUUGGAGGAGGCCCCAGAAUUUGCCCUGGAAAUGAAUUUGCAAGAAUUGAAACUCUAGUUGCUAUUCAUUAUAUAGUGACUCAGUUCAAUUUGAAGCGUUGUGACUCGGAUAUGUCCUUCUCCAGAGAUCCAAUGCCAAGUUUCAAGAAUGGAUUAGAGAUAGAAAUAGAACCAAAGAUCUUUUCCAAAGUCCAAUAAAAUGUACAAUCAGGCACCAUAUAAUA